GUAAACAGAAAAAACCAGAUCACUGAAACUAAAACCCUAGCCAGAAAGAAAAUUUUCAGACCAGAAAAUGGGAAAAACGACUAGAUUUCUUCUGUUUCUGACAAUCUCAGCUCUGCUAAUCUUCAACGUUGUUUCUUCAACAGAAGAGACCAAAAAAGAUGAAGAAGAUCUAGAUGAAGAUCUCAAAUUCUUAUUAGAAACUGAAGGUGAUAAAUCAGAAGAAGCUCAUGAUCACCACCAUGGUCAUGAACAUGGUGAAUCAAGUGGUGAUGAAGGAGAAGAUGAUUUUGAGAAUUAUGAUGAUUUUGAAAAUUCAGUAGAUCCUGAUGCUGCUGCAUCAGAUGAAGACCCAUUUAAAGUGGAUGCAGAUGAGAAGGAUGUUGUGGUGUUGAAACAAGGGAAUUUCAGUGAGUUUAUUGAGAAGAAUAAGUAUGUCAUGGUUGAAUUUUAUGCACCAUGGUGUGGACAUUGUCAAUCACUUGCACCUGAGUAUGCAACUGCUGCUACUGAAUUGAAAGAUGAAGGAGUUGUUCUUGCUAAAGUUGAUGCUACUGAAGAGAAUGAAUUAGCUCAGAAAUAUAAUGUUGAGGGAUUUCCUACUGUCUUCUUCUUUAUUGAUGGUGUUCACAAGUCUUAUCCUGGUCAACGUACUAAAGAGGGUAUUGUGUCAUGGAUCAAGAAGAAAACAGGACCAGGAGUUAAAAAUGUUACCACAGUUGAGGAGGCUGAGACUAUUUUGGGCGCAGAGGAGAAACUUGUUGUUGGUUUCUUCGAUUCAUUGGUGGGUUCUGACAGUAAUGAGCUUUCUUCUGCAUCAAAACUUGAAGAUGACGUCAACUUCUACCAAACAAACAAUCCUGAUGUAGCAAAAGUAUUCCGAAUUGAUCCCAAGGCCAAGCGCCCUGCUUUGGUCAUGCUGAAGAAGGAGGCUGAGAAACUUAGCACCUACAAUGGCAAGUUCACAACAGCUGCGAUAUCUGAGUUUGUCUUUGAAAACAAACUUCCACUUGUGAACAAUUUUACCAGGGAAACUGCUCCCAUGAUUUUUGAGAAUCCAAUUAAGAAUCAAGUUCUGCUCUUUGCUGCUUCAAAAGAUUCAGAGAAGUAUCUUCCAGCACUUCAGGAAGCAGCAAAACUUUUCAAGGGAAAGCUUAUAUUUGUCUAUGUGGAAAUGGACAACGAAGAUGUUGGUAAACCAGUUUCAGAUUAUUUCGGCGUCUCUGGAGAUGGUCCCAAAGUUCUUGCAUACACUGGAAACGAAGAUGGAAAGAAAUUUUUCCUCGACGGUGAAGUUACCCAAGCCAGCAUUAAGGCAUUCGGGGAGGAUUUCCUUGCAGACAAGCUUAAGCCUUUCUUUAAAUCUGAUCCAAUUCCAGAAACAAACGAUGGGGAUGUGAAAAUCGUGGUUGGAGAUAACUUUGAUGCUGUGGUAUUGGAUGAGUCAAAGGAUGUUCUUCUUGAGAUUUAUGCACCAUGGUGUGGUCAUUGCCAAACUCUGGAGCCUAUUUACAACAAGCUAGCAAAGCAUCUUCGUGGUAUUGAUUCACUAGUCAUUGCGAAAAUGGAUGGUACCACCAAUGAGCACCCCAGGGCCAAGUCUGAUGGUUUCCCCACUAUUCUUUUCUUCCCUGCUGGAAACAAGAGCUUUGAUCCUCUUACUGUCGAGGUUGAUCGAACAGUCGUAGCAUUCUACAAGUACAUUAAGAAACAUGCUUCCAUUCCUUUCAAGUUACAGAAACCUGAAGCCGCCCCAGCUGCAUCUAAGACUACCGAAAGCAGCAACAAGGAUGUGAAAGAUGAAUUGUAAGGGUUUUACAAUUCAUGACAUGAUUGACACGAAAAAUUUGAUUACAAAGGUUUAGUGCGUACACUAGUUUAUAUGGUUUUUUCUGUUAAAAAGGUUUUACAUGUACGUUGAUAAAUGUGCUUUUAAUUUAUCAGAUUAGUACGAGUCAGUCGAUUUUCCAGGAAGAAAAACAUAUGACAACAAUCGAUGGUUUUACUUGUUUUUGAGCUUUUAGAACUUUAAAGAAUUAGUUGCAAUAAAAUAUGGAAUUUCCUCUUUUAUUGAUAGA